CUCUCUGCAAAUCCCAACAUGUUUAUAGCACUAAAGUUAGCUAUAGAUGGAUUUGCUAAACACAGACCUCAUCUUUCUUGAAGAACUUUGGAUCCACAAAUAGAUAAAACCUAGCUCUUCAAUCCCAACUACCAAUAUUCAUCAGACAAGUGUAAAAAAUGAACAAAUCCAAAGGGCUUUCCUCUCUAGCAUCCUCUUAGUUUUCUUUUGAAGCUACCACACCUUCCAUGCACGUUAAUUAAAAUCAACAAAAACCCUAACACUUCUUCUUUAUUAGAUCUCCUUUUGUUAGCCAUGAAAACUGAACUGAGAGGAAACAGUAAUACCUCCAUUUCUCUACAAAAUCCUAGUCUCUUCAACAACCCUCAAAGCUCUCUCUCCGGUGCACUUAAAGGGUGUCUUGGUAGCCUUGAUGGAGCCUGUAUAGAGAAGCUUCUACUUCAUUGUGCUAGUGCCUUAGAACACAAUGAUGGGACUUUGGCUCAACAAGUGAUGUGGGUGCUCAACAAUGUUGCUUCUUUGGUUGGUGACCCUAACCAAAGGCUCACUUCUUGGUUUCUUAGGGCACUUAUCUCCAGGGCAUCCAAGGUUUGUCCUACCGCGAUGAAUUUUGAUGGUAGCAGCACAAUUCGGAGGAGGAACAUGCCUGUCACCGAGCUUGCCGUGUACGUUGAUCUUAUCCCUUGGCACAGGUUUGGAUUUUGUGCGUCAAACAGUGCUAUUUUGAAGGCAAUUGAAGGUUACUCUAAAGUUCAUAUCUUAGAUUUUAGCAUCACUCAUUGUAUGCAGUGGCCUACUCUUAUAGAUGCUUUAGCUAUAAGGCCCGAAGGUCCUCCUUCACUUAGGAUUACAGUUCCCUCUUGUAGACCACCAGUCCCUCCUUUUCUUAAUGUAUCAUGUCAAGAAGUUGGUCUCCGUUUGAGCAAUUUCGCCAAAUAUAGGGAUGUUCCUUUUGAAUUCAAUGUGUUUGAUCAUGACCCAUCUUCUUUUGCUUCAAGUGAAAUUAUGUCCCAGGAAUCUUCUCGUGACUUUCAUUUCGAGUCAUUGUUGAAUCACUUGACUCCUACAAUGCUAGACCUUAGAGACGAUGAGGCCUUGGUGAUAAAUUGCCAAAACUGGUUAAGAUACUUGUCUGAUGAGGAAAAGGGAAAUAGUGUUCAAAAUUCUUCCUUAAGAGACGCUUUCCUUUGUACAGUAAAAGGUUUCAAUCCUUGUAUUGUAGUUGUUGUCGAUGAAGAUUCUGAUUUAAGUGCACCAAGCCUCUCUUCCAGGAUCCCUACUUGCUUCAAUUUUCUAUGGAUACCAUUCGAUGCUUUGGAAACUUUCUUACUUAAAGAUAGUAGCCAAAGGAUGGAAUAUGAGUCUGAUAUUGGUCAUAAAAUCGAAAAUAUUAUCAGUUUUGAAGGGGCUCAAAGGAUAGAGAGAUUAGAAUCUGGGAUUAAAUUAGCACAAAGGAUGAAAAAUGCAGGGUUUUCAAGCGUUCCAUUCUGUGAAGACACAAUUGGUGAAGUUAGAUCCUUGCUAGAAGAGCAUGCUAGUGGGUGGGGCAUGAAAAGAGAAGAAGAUCAUAUGCUGGUGCUCACAUGGAAGGGCCACAACUCAGUUUUUUCCACAGCUUGGGUUCCAAAUGGUUUACAGGAUUAAAUGGGUCUGGAUUACUUGACGAUAAAAUGUCAAAACAAUGUGGCAUAAGCGGCUACAUAAUCUGGGGCAAGAUGGUGACGGGGUUGGUUAAUUUAAUUUUCUUCCUCUAAGAAGGUCCAGAUGAAGAUCAUGCAAUGACAAAGAGAAUUGCUUUCCCUCUUUGUCAAGAGGCUACCUAUGGGCCCAAGACAAGUAGGGCAUGCAUCGGCAGUAUUUUGAGAAUGACCUCAUGUUUACCUAUGUAUUUUCUCUCUGGGCAUGAGCACAUGGAAAAGCAAAGAGAGAAAUGUACAUUUUGUCUUUGCAUCAGACAAAAUCCUCUGUCACUUUGUUUUCCCAUCCUUGUGUUUAAAGAGGUUUGAAAAUAACUUGCUAGCAUACCUAGCCCUUUCUUAAUCAACAUUGCUGUUAUUUGUCCUUGA